AUGAAGCCAGAGAGAACAGAGACAUGUGUGUGUGAGAAACUUAAUCCUCAACAAAGAAGAAACAAAUAGGAAAAAAGUACAACUACCUCAUGGCUUCAGGAUCUUAACAUUGACUAAUAUAAGUAACUGUGGGAGUUGAUAAGUUUUUAAUUAGCAGCUUGAUACCCUGAAUGAAACUUAAGACAUCAUCUGAAGACUGUUUCUCUCGCAAAGAAAACACACAACUUAAGGCAUCAGCCAUGGGGCCCAGUCUCGUUCAGGCCUACAGGAGGCGCUGGUGGAUGGCGGUGACAGCGGUGAUUGAAAACCUUCUGUGUUCGGCCGUGUUGUUGGGAUGGGGCUCUCUUCUCAUCAUGCUGAAGAGGGAGGGCUUCUACUCUCACCUGUGCUCAGAAAACGAUUCGGUGGUCCUGCAUUCUGAAAACACCACUGAAGGCGCACAUGACUGGGUGUUCUGUGUGGAACAGGAGGAGAUGCUAAAUCUUGGAUUCACCAUCGGCUCCUUCCUGCUGAGCGCCACGACCCUGCCGUUAGGCAUCCUGAUGGACAAGUACGGCCCACGUCCAAUUCGGCUGGUUGGCAGCUCCUUAUUUGCUCUGUCCUGCAUCAUCAUGGCUGGUUCUGCUUACAACACUCACGAUCUGUCGGCGCUCAUCUUCGUAGCUCUCUCACUGAACGGCUUCGGAGGAAUUUGCUUGACCUUCACCUCCAUCACGCUCCCCAACAUGUUUGGUUCUAUGAGCUCCACCAUCAUGUCGGUGAUGAUCGGCUCCUACGCCUCCUCUGCCGUCACUUUCCCCGGCGUCAAGUUGAUCUACGAUGCAGGGUUGCAGUUCGAUGUGAUCAUGUGGAUCUGGGCGGGUCUCGCCGGGCUCGUUUUUAUGAACUGCUUCUGGAACUGGCCCUCAAAAGGCUUCCCAACUCCAGACGAGGUUGACUACAGUAAGAUUCUCACGACGCAAGAGGAUCCUUCAUCUGAGCAGAAGGCUGUAGGGGAGAGACUUAACCAGAAAAACGGAGAUGUCCGACAUUCCCUGGAGAAGCUUCCCAAGGGACCCGACACUGCACCAAAUGCUGUUCCUUUCCGCCGGUCUGUGUUCUCCGCCAUCUUCAUGUGGAGUUUAGUCACGAUGGGGAUGACCCAGCUGAGGAUCAUCUUCUUCAUGGGAGCGAUGAAUAAAAUGCUGGAGUUCAUGGUGACCCGGGGUGACGAACACCCACCCAACAACGUUGUGCUUGAGGCAGAAAAGACAGUGGAUUCCUACGCCUCCAUCUUCGGCACGCUGCAGCUGCUGUGUCUGGUGACGUGUCCUCUGAUUGGUUACAUCAUGGACUGGAAGAUGAAGGAGUGUGAAGAGGAGAAGUGUGCCUCUACAGGGAUAGUGAAGAGAGCCAAAAGAGACCGUAAGAUCCAGAAAGUGACCAACUCUAUGAGAGCCUUCAUCUUCACCAACAUCCUUCUGAUCAUUUUUGGAAUCUGUAACCUUGUCGAUAAUCUGCCUCUACAGAUUUUGACGUUCAUCCUCCACACUAUGGUCCGAGGAUUCAUCCAUUCCUGCUGCGGAGGCCUCUAUGCUGCUGUCUACCCGUCCAACCACUUCGGUACCCUGACAGGCCUCCAGUCCAUGAUCAGCGCGGUGGUUGCUCUGCUGCAGCAGCCACUCUUUGUCGUCAUGGUGACACAUCUUCAUGGGAACGCCUACUGGAUCAACCUUGGCCUUCUGAUUUUCUCGUUCACCGGCUUCCUGCUGCCAGGUUACCUGUUUUUCCACCGCAGAACCCUGCUGAGGGAACAGGAGGCCAGAGACAACCAACCUGCCAUUCAGGAGAUGGAAGCUCUCAAGUCCACCGAAGCCAACGGCUUCAACAAGCCUCACAGCAACGGCAACGCUUUGACGUAUGCUUAGGCAGCAGCAGAGCUGAAAGUUAUGGGUCAUUUUAACAAUGGACACCAAAAGCGUUUUAUCGAUAUACAGGUGAAACCAGAAGCUAGCAUACACUAAAUAAAAAGAGACGUACACAGUUUUUCUCGCUCCCUGAAGUUAAAUCAGAACAAAAUCCUCGUCCAGUUAGAAUCACCUAAAUGAUUUGUAUUUGCUAAACGCUGCAACAAUGAAAGAGAAAAAAUAUGUCAGAUUUAUUAUUAAUGUCUUCAAAAUUAGGAGUUUACAGAUAGAAUAAUUACAAUAUUUUUAAACAAUAAUGAAAAGCCCAGAUGAUGAUGUGAUGGCUGAUAGGUUGUCUGACAUUUUUAAGUGGACGUACUUUAAUUCCUCACACUGCUUUCUCGUUGACAUGAGAAAGUUAAAAGAAAUCACCCAAAAUAUCGGACAUGUUCUUUCUCUAAAUAUUGUGACAUUUAGCAUAUAAAUAUAAAUGUAAUUAAGACUGGCCUAAAACAUGAUCUGAUUUAACUGUAAGUAUUCUUUUAUUCAGUGUAUAUAGACUUCUGGUUUCAACAGUAUUAUUUUUGCUUUUUUAGUCAUAGCUAGUGCUUGUUUUGCCUGCCACGAACAAGAUCAUGGAGCUUUUUUUUUUUUUUUUACUAGUCAAAAUUUCUUGUUAUUUGGAGAGACGUGUCAUCAGCUUUUGUUGCUCUUUUAUUUAUUUGGGUUUAGGUCCGAGAGCCAAAACAGUUUUCAUUUCAAGCCAUAAACCUAAAGAUCAAGCAGAGGCAACGACAAGCUGUGGAUAUCACCGUACUUGAAGUAGUUUCCUGACAAUCAGUACUAACCUGCGAACACCAAAGAAACAACGAGGUUUUUAGGACAGUUACAUAAACUGAUCAAUAUUGUUUUUAUGCAAAAUAUUAUUUGUGCUUUUUCUACUGGAUUCCCAAAGUAAGAGUAAUCUAAGCAAAUCAGAAAAACGUAGACCAUGCACCCCCCAAAGUAAGAUGACUUAUGAGGCAUAUGAAGAAGAUUUUGAGAAUUUUAUCUGAGCCCAUCCGAUAAUUUGAACACAAAAAUGCCUGGAUGUUUAGAUACCACGUCUACCUCCUGCUGUUGUCUCCCAGUUUCAUCCACAGGACAAUGAACUCUUUCGAUUAUCUGAUUUUUCUUCAGAUUAACACUAAAGACAUUUGUAAAUUCCAUUUUUACCUUUGGUCACCCACUUGUUUCACUAAUAAUGCUAGAACCCAAACAUUUCUGUAAUUCAUAUAUAUAUAUAUAUGUGUGUGUAUACCUUUAUAUAUACAGUGUAUAUAUGUGUGUGUGUGCGUGAACAAUUUUGCAUAGGAAAAUGUGACUGACAUGUGAUUCUGACACAGUGUGUGUCUGAACAGUUUUAAAACACUUUGUAUUGCUUUAUGCACAGGAAUUAACUAGUGUGUGUAUACGAGUAUGCAAGUGUGUUUUUACACUUUAGCUGCAGUAGAAAUAAAAAGGGAAAUCUAUUUGGAGAGGGCUUACAAUAAAAGUUGCUCAGAUGAUUCUAGGUCUAUACAGCUUUUAUUUCUAUGGUCUUGCAUUGACUUGGAAAAAAAAAUCUUUUUUGUAAAUACAACUGUGGUGUGGUUGUUACUUUUUUAACAUUUUCAGCUUGUUUUACUAUAAAUAUUGGAGUGUAUAGUAUAGGAACAUAAGGACAAUCUGCUGUGCUUUUAGUCCGUUUCCUUGAUGUGAUUUCACAUCUGAUUUUAAAAUAAAAACAGUUUGUAGCA